UAAUACAAGGGCAACACAAGUUGAACUCAACGUUCUUCUCUGUGUUAUCCCCGUUGCUACUUUUCACCAGACCAAAAACUGCUCUCGUUCUCUUUCUCUCAUUCAAUCACUUAUUUAAUAGUAAACACACUCAUUUCUGGUUCUUGUUUUGGGUAAUUUUAACAAUUUCAAUUCAUAAUUAAGUUGCACCCUCCUCUAAUCUAAUGGGCCCUUUUACCUUAGCUAUUGAUACUAAAACCUCCUCCAAGCUCCCUUCAGAUACAGCUGUUAGGAAAGUGCAAAGCUCAUCUCAACUUGAAACAAGAAAGGCUUUUGCUUCAAUGAGUGUGAAAGACGAUAAACCUUUUGAUUUUUUGCGAACUUUAUUUGAGGGAGUUAUAGCAGGAGGUACAGCUGGUGUUGUUGUUGAAACAGCAUUAUAUCCAAUUGAUACAAUAAAGACAAGGCUGCAGGCAGCUCAUGGUGGUGGGAAAAUAGUUUUGAAGGGUCUUUACUCUGGAUUGGCUGGAAAUCUUGCUGGUGUCUUACCGGCUUCUGCAUUAUUUGUUGGAGUAUAUGAGCCUACGAAGCAGAAAUUGUUGCAGAUGUUUCCAGAAAAUCUUAGCGCUGUAGCACAUCUAACUGCUGGUGCCAUUGGAGGGGUUGCUGCUUCUCUCAUUCGUGUUCCAACGGAGGUUGUCAAGCAAAGGAUGCAGACUGGGCAAUUUACUUCAGCCCCUGAUGCUGUUCGCCUCAUCAUCUCUAAGGAAGGUUUCAAGGGGAUGUAUGCGGGAUAUGGGUCAUUUUUGUUGCGGGAUUUGCCAUUUGAUGCAAUUCAGUUUUGUAUCUACGAACAACUUCGGAUAGGUUAUAAAGCAGCAGCAAGGAGAGAAUUGAAUGAUCCAGAAAAUGCUGUCAUUGGCGCGUUCGCUGGUGCACUAACUGGAGCUAUAACUACACCACUCGAUGUGAUUAAGACAAGGCUAAUGGUUCAGGGUUCAGCUAACCAGUACACAGGAAUCUUUGAUUGUGUUCAAACUGUUGUUAGAGAAGAAGGACCCACUGCACUUCUCAAGGGCAUAGGACCCAGAGUUCUGUGGAUAGGCAUUGGCGGCUCGAUCUUCUUUGGCGUAUUAGAAAGCACAAAGCGGUAUCUUGUUCAGAAGCGUCCUACACUGAAGCAACACUUGAAAGAGGAUUAGUUGUAGGUGAAUUUAGGGGCUCAUUCUGGACAGCAUUAUUUUGAACAUGCUGAUAAGCAUCAUGCUGGCUGUUGCAACUAUCCUCCUACGAACAUGGAAAUUGGCGCUUGAUUAUUAGAUUGGGGGGUCUGAUUCAACUAAAGAGCAUCUAUUCAGGAAUCUAUCAGUCAUUUUAAAUUGGGCAUUUUCAUUAUGAUUGACAGUGUAGCUCAUUCAUACUACGUACAAAGCUUGUACUAGCCUGAUAUAUGUUUUUUCUAUAGGAAAGCAAUUUGGUUUUCAGUA